AUGAUCACACUCUUUGUCGCUCUUUACUCUCUGCUUUGUCUCUGCACAGCUGCAAAAUCUUCUGACAUCAAGGAGCUUGACGUGAAAACAGUAAAGCGUGGGGAAAAUGUAACUAUGGAGUGUGACAUCAGCAGGGUCAAAGACAAAGAUAAUUUAGUUUGGUACAGACAGAGUUUUGGAAAAGUACCGCAGUUUUUAGCAAGACAUUACGGUCAAAAUAAUUACACAUUUGAUGAGGGAUUUAAAGAUAGCUGCUUCAGUAUUACUGUAAAUGACCAUAAGUUUGAUCUCAACAUUAUCAAAAUGGUAGAAGAUGAUGAAGGAGAAUAUUUCUGUGUAGAACUGGAUGGAAGUGCACUAAAGUUCACAUCUGGAACACGUCUUCAAUUUGAAGGUAAAGAGAUGAAACCCUGUCCUACACCUGGAACGGUUAACAAGAACACAGAUUCUGGUACACUCCAUGGUUCGAACAGCAGCAAUGGAGGUGCUUCAUCAAGAAACCAUCAAAUUCCCACCAAUCAGGCUGAUUAUGAAGAUGCCUUGAACUAUGCAGCUGUGAGUUUUGCUAAGAAACCUUCAUCCUCCAGAACCUCCAGAGACAAGAGCCAUGAAGACGUUUAUGCACAAGUUAAAAUAAAAUAGAUAAAAAAGAGAAAUUACUUCACACUUGAAAUACAAUAUAAAUGCAAUUAUUCACCCAGUUUGUAGACAGAUGUGUCUUAUUUUAAUGAGACAAAAACAUUUUUAU